AUAUAUGGUUUAUGUAAGCUUUCAAGAUGUCUGGAAAACUUUUCUUAAUCCUACUUUCGUUGGUGGUGGCUCCGGGAGAAGCAAGGAAGUCAUUUCUCAGCUUCCUGAAUAUAGAAAAUACUGAAAUGCUGUCUUUUGCAAAGACUGAAGAAACUAUCAUUAUAAGGUCAAGUUAUAAAGGUAAAGGGCCUAACACCAGCUACCUCUUUGUGCAAGUAGAAGAUCCAAAAGUGCUGCAGGUGGUGAACGUGACCAAGACCUCACUGGAUGUUGCAGACUUUACCAUCAACCUAAUGACUCACCAAGAAGGAGAGACAAAUUUGACCAUUCAGCUCUGGAAUUCUGAAGGACUUAACCCCAGUAGUCAGCCUGAUGAGGUAAAGUGAAAGUCCAGGAUCAUGAGAAUAACCUCACUCUGCUGCUUCUUUCCAAAAGAGGCAAUAGCCUACAUAUGGGCCUCCUGAGAACCAGGACCAGGUACUAUUUUUUUCUGGAUUCCUAAAGGUGCUCAUUAGAUGUUUGAAAAACUAUUUUAUGAGCAAUAUUGGCAAAGGUCAGGAUCAUAUUCUCUGUAACCAGACUGUAGGUAUUGCUCUGCCAUUCCAGCUCUGCCAUUCCAGCUCUGCCAAUUUACCAGCUGGGUGACACUGAUUAGGUACUUAAUCACUCUGUGUUUAUAUUCCUGUGGGAACUGGAGAUAAUGAUAGUACCUAUUCAUGGUAUUGUUCUGAAGAUUAAAUAAGUUAGUAUGAGCAAGAGCCUUGGAACAAUGCCUUGACCCACAGUAAACUCUAUUAUUAUUAUUAUUAUCAUUAUUAUUAUUAUUAUCAUCAUCAUCCUCAUUGCCACACUAUGCUUAUUUGGUUAAAGUUAUAGUUUUUAGGGUAGUUGAAAACACAUAUGUGAUUUUUCUCCUAUAUGUGUUUCAUGGGAUAGACUUUUGGAUCAUAAAAUUUGAAUGGGGAUUAAG